GUCGAAUACAUCAAAACAACUUGUCCACAUUCAUUCACUAUUCCCUUUGUAUGGGUCGUAAGAAGAAAGUCGAGCGAGAGGUAUACCACGUCGAGGUUAUCACCAAAGCUCGCGUCAGUGAGGAAGGAGACUGGGAAUAUUAUGUCAAAGUGGGCUACGACUCCGAUGCAGACACUUGGGAGCCAACAGAUAAUGUGAAACAAUGCGAACGGCUCUUGUGCAGCUUUUGGGAUCAUGUUGGCAAUGACGACGACGAUGAUUACGCCGUCGGAUUCGAGAUUACGGCGAAGGACCAUUGGAUAGAGCAAGAGAAGGAGUUCUUCGCGACGCAGUUCUCAGAAGAAGCAAAUCGCAAAAGCGAAAAAGAUACGAAUAAGCCACCGAUCAAGCAGACUUUAGAGCCAAAGCAAGUCGAGAAAGAUACUCAUAGGUUGAAAGAGCCCAAUAUCCCUUUCAAGCGGAGAUCUCCGGUCGCGAAGAUGUUGGCCCCGCGAGGGAAAAAGCGUAACAAUACACUCAUUAGUUCAGAUGUAUGCCAUCUUUUAUUUACCAUCGUGCUGCGAAGCUUAGGCAACAGUAGUCAGACUCCGAUUCAUUGGACGAUCGCCCAUUAAAACAGCGGCGGAAAUAUACUCACUCAAAGUCCCGGAGCACUACAGCAGACAAGGAACACUCAUCAGCGGCCCCCUCCUCUAGUAUGUUCACCGAACAACCAUCUCGUCCCCUUCCGCCACCACCAAGGCCAUCGACAUCUUCUGCCACACCAUCAGCGAAUGUACCUCGCCCACCCAAAAUACAGACCGUUCGGACUCACCAAGAUCAAAGGAGCAACCCUCUUGUCAAGACUAUAGAUCUUCCCUCGAAGGCGGUUCAAUCUGGGAGUACUCUGUCAACGAAGCAACGUAUAGCAGCGGGAUCAGGUCCUUCCGUAGCACCCAAGCCGAAGCCACUGCAGACAAUUCCGAAACUUCUGACCGGUUUGUCAUUCAAGAAGAAACCCCUUGAAGCAAAAGAUCCUUCGUCUGCAACUAGUCCGUCCUUCAAGAAC